AUGCCAGAAACAUGUGUUGAUGAGUAUAGGUGUGGUACUAACUACCCACUGUGGCUAAGAGGUGGACACCCAAAACCUGAGGAUGGAGUGGUCACCAGAGAUGUUUGUGGUCAUGCGGGCAAUUACUGCUGCUAUUUUCAGUCAUAUCCCAUUAGAGUCAAAGCCUGCACAGGUGGUUAUUAUGUCUAUGAGUUUGUUACACCAACUACAUGCAAUAUGGCAUACUGUGCAGAUGUUGACAGCAUAAACAAAACCUACAUAAGUGUCACGCCAGCGAUCGCCACACCUGGUUUAAAUAUAACACAGCUUACAAAUUGCACGGGAACUUCAUGUGUACAGAAUCUCCUUGACCAGUUAGAGAAUAUUACUGUUCUCAAUUUAACGGAUGUGACCAAACUUUUGGACAUGGUCUUUAUGACUUCAGAGGAGAUAAACUCAUCAUCCAGUGACACAAAGAAACAAGCGUCAGAUGUGUUAAAAGUCGGUGAGAAGCUUGUGUCAAUGUUGGUGAAGCCAACAAACACCUAUGACAAUGUCAGUUUCACUCGUGCAGCUGUGGAGGCACAAGUCUUCAUGGUUGGACCGCAGGCCACCUUAAAUAAAAUCCCUCAGCUCGACACAACAAAUGCUUCUAUAGACAUUGAUCUCAUUGGGAUCGCCAAAAACAACAAUGAAACAGCUGCUGUGGCUUUCAUGAGCUACAACACAAUGGAGAACCUGCUGAAACCAGACUUCUUCAACACAUCAGAUAACACAGUUAAAACCAUGAUGUCCACUGUCAUCUCAGCUACUCUUCCUAAAACCACCAACACAACCCUCACCAAACCAGUCAACUUCACCCUCAAACACAUCAGAGAGUUUGUAUCUGGAGGAAAUCUUUCCUGUGUGUACUGGAACAUCACUGAGUGGAUUGUAGAUGGUUGCUCUGUUGUAAAGACCAACAGCAGCUACACUGUGUGUUCAUGUCUUCAUCUGUCAACAUUCGCUCUCAUCAUGCAAACCAGCAGCAGCCCACCAGAGGAUGGUGAUCCUCUGAUGGAGUUGGUGAAUUUGGUGGCUGUGAUCAUGGGUCUGGUGUUUACUAGUUUGGCUCUGUUGACUUUUGCUUUCUGUCGAUGGAAACCUGGAGUGAACAAUGUAGCUCGAAUCAACCUCUGCAUCAGUCUGCUGUCUGCUCAUCUUCUGUUCUUACUCACACAACAAUUCAUCAAUCUCAUAAAACCUCACAGGGAGUUGUGUGCUGUGAUAUCAGGAGCUCUUCACUUCUUCUUUCUCUCCUGCUUUGUGUGGAUGUUCAUUGAAGCUGUGCUGCUCUUCAUCUGUGUGAAGAACCUAUCACAGAUCAGCUCCAAACAGAGGGCGGUGCUUAACAGCGGAUUCUUGAUUGUGAUUGGAUAUGCGAUUGCUUUUGUUAUAGUGGGCGUGUCUGUUGGACUGGUUCCUGAAGGCUAUGGCAGUGAAAAAUGCUGGAUUAAACAGGAGAAAGGCUUCAUCUGGAGUUUUCUGGGACCUGUUUGUUUCAUUCUUGCAAUAAACACGAUUCUCUUCAUCAGUAUCAUCAUCAGUCUGAACUCAACUCUCAAAAAGCUCAAGGCUGAAUAUUCACGGAAGAAACAAACCAAGAUUAUGGUUUUUAAAACUCUGGCUCAGUUUGUGAUUCUUGGUUGUCCUUGGAUUCUGGGUUUCUUCACUGAGAACAAUCAGAUGAUGGAGAUUCUCUUCCUGAUCCUGAACUCACAGCAAGGAACCUUCAUCUUUCUGGUCUACUGUGUCCUCAGUGAUGAGGUCAGACAGCAGUAUGUGAAGUGGAUGAGAGCUCUCCUCCCUUGACUUAAACCCAGAACCAUCAAAAGUGCCCUCCAACAAACACUAAUAACUAAAUGAUUUAGGG